CGGUGAACUUUCUAACCUCUGACCUUUCAACAUGGUGGACGACGAUGUGCCCGAGCGUACACCAGUCAGAAAUUUAUGACGUUUUCUUUAUUUUACGUGUCUACUGAACAAUUUGCUCUGCUAAAAUGAAGCCAGAUCAACACAAAAAGAAGAGGAGUGCACAAUAUAAGAGGAAACAUGGCAUCCAAGACAAAAGCAAGGACAAUAAAGGGAAAGACGAAGACACGUCGUCGUCCAAGUCGUCCUCAUCUAGCCGCUCAAAAUCGUCCCAAGCACAGCGAGAGGGAAGUAGGGAGAACGACACUGGCAGAGGCAAAGAUGACACAAGGGGAGGGACGAGAAAAGCUGCAGAUUCUAGCGAUGAAUCCUCACAUUCAGAGGACGAGGCAGGGGCUGGUAGGACCUUCUCCAGGAGAAAAGUGCUGAGUAACUGGGACAGGUAUGAAGCACCCCUGCCCCGCUACGAGGACAGAAGUGACGUGACACUCAGGGGUGCGGACUUCAGAUCCCUUCUGGCCACAUCAGGUGAAGCUGAAGCUCAGUUCAGGUUUGAGGAUGAGAAGGACUGGGAGGCUGACGAGGCAGGAGAAACACAGCUCCCUACAGGAGGGCCCCUGUCCCUGGACUGUGACCUCCUGGCAGUGUCGCUACAGGCCAUUCCUCUACACAGGAGACUCAACAUCAGCCCAGAGUCACUCACGGAGGAUUUAGUGGAGAGGUUCAAUGAAGAAGCAGCCAGCCAUGCAUCAUGUGAGCAGGACACUCUUCAUCACACUCCCCUCAAACCCAGGCUGUCUAUCUCUGAGGCAACAGCCUCCAGCAUCCUGGACAAUCUCCUCAGGAGGGUGGAGCACAAACCCCUGCAGCUCAACCUGGAUGUGUCCCUGAAUCCCAAACAGCAAAGCAAAUCUGUCGAUGUCUUGAAGUUUGACUUCUCGGUGCCAGCCGCUUCCUCUGAGGAAGUGGCCGCUGCCUUAGUCGAGUCACCUGACCUGAAAACAGGACAGGAUACUGAGGAGAGUGCAGUGGCAAGUGAUAAGACUGUGGACAGAACAGAGAGGGAUGUCAUGUUAGACACUAGAGGACAGGAUGAGUUAGAUGAUGAGUUAGAUGUUCUCCUGUCACUGGACUCUGCUACACACACAGAAACAUCCACUACAGACAGGGAAAGGGAAGGUGUCGUCAUAAAUGAUGUUAAGAAGGAAGAAGACGUACAUCAGCCAAAUGAAGAGCAACUAGAAGACCCCAAGAAGGAUGCAAUGGUGGAGCCCUCUAAGAAACAACAAGAUGUAGUUCCCCAGCCAAAGGAGGAGACUGUGGAUUUGGAAGACUGGUUGGACAGUGUUCUGGAUGACUGACGUAUCCGACAAAACGCUGCAAGUCACACUGAAGAAAGUCGCACACAAAUUCAUCAUGCCUUUCCCUGGUUAUGACAAACUUUAUGAGUGCACUUAAAGCAUGCAUUUUACAACAAAGCUAGUGGCUAACAUAAAUAUUGGAUGUAGAAUGAGCCAUUAAUGCCCAGCUGUGCUAUGAAAUGGUACUGAAUGGCUGUGAUGCACCAGUGAGAAACCUGAAGCAAUGAGACAAUGUCAUUCCUUGUGCAACUGAUGAUGCAAAGUUUCAGUCUAUUCCCUUACAGUCACCAAUAACUCUAGGAGAUAGCAUGUCCUACUGUUAUCACACAGUAGAUUUAUGGAUUUUCUAUGGUUAGAUUUGGUUUUGAGGCUCUAGUGUUUGCCAAAUUCCAAUGUAAUAUUUUGUGCCAAAUACACAGCUAGCUUUACCAUUCUCAUUAUUUGAGUAAAAGGCACAUGCUGUUUCAGUGCUAGUUUGCAUGCAAGGCAGCCAUUGAUGACCAGCUCCUAAAACAUGUAAUCCUUCCCAUCAUUGGAUGAGAGUGUUGUUUGUGGUCACUGACCUGUGUAGCUUAAUAUACACUUUCAAAGUCAACUGGAAGUUUCCCAAGGACAUGGGGAGGGAAAGUGUUAUUAGUGAAUUCAUUGGCUUUGGGACAUGUAUGCAUCAGAGGUAAAAUGGGGGCUCAGCAGAAUUUGAAAUUGGAAAAGCCUUUUGGGACUGUAUGAGCACAUGCUCGGGACUGGUACACAGGAAACGAUGUGGUGACAUUGUUACUGUCAGCCUUCAUAGUCUGUUAUCUUGUUUCUCAACCGUCAUGACAGAGGUAUUCUUGCUGAACGAAUGAAGGCCAAAAUGAUGACACCUCAGUAUCUCAACAAUGAUUUUCAUUACGUAGUAGGAAACUACUACUGUAUGGCUGCAUUAAAGGCACUUAAAUGUAAAUUUCUAUGUUGUAUAUGUGUACUUUUUGCAUUGUUUUCCUCAAACAACAAAUUGUGAUUACCAUAUCAUGAGCAAUAUUUUGCAAUCAGAAGUGCAUGUAAAGGAGCUGUUAGUAUCACUCCAGUGAAUAUGUCAUAUUCUUAUAAGUUUCUUUCCUUCAACUAGUACUGAUGCAGCAUCAUAGCAUGAUCACUUAUCUUUGUAAUAACUAGUGGGAACAGUUAGUUAUAAAUCUUGGUUUAAUCCAUACACUGGAAUUACAGAUGUUUCCAACGAAAAGACAGAUGAAUAUUGCUGGAUAUCUUUCAAACAUCUGUAACUCUGUAUUCCAGUAUAUUGAUGAAACCAAGAUUUACAAGUAUCCUAUCCUGGGAUAAUCCAUUUUUUUUCUGAUGUGGAAAGGGGAGCAGCUAUCCUUUUUGACUGAUGAAGAUCACUGGAAAGUGGUAGGAACAUCUGUAACUCUUUACUAUAGUGUAUUGAUUUAACCAAGAUUUAUAUGUCUUAUAUUCCUGGCUGGAUGAGUAACCUUCAUAAACGUCUUAAAAUGAUGUGAUGCAUGUUGCACAGUGGGGCCAUGAGACAUGUACUUGUCUGGUGUACUACAUUGUAUAUUGAGUUGAAAAGGCGCCCAAGACUUCAGCAGAAUGUCAAGUGUUGUAACAUUGUACAGAUAAUGUUAGGCAUUAAAGGCAAUACACGAAUGUGCCCGAGUGACAUCGGGGUUGAUUGAAAUAGCCUGUGGCUUGACAUUGCCUGAUAACCUCUCUGUACCGGCAGCAUCUGCCUAUCAGGAUGAGUCAGAAUGGAAAUGUGACAUAUAACAGAUGCCCUGUGGAAAGGGGGGCGGCUGUCUACAUGUAUACGUAAGAACAUGAGUGAGAUGUAGCUGCUAUAAUUACAUCCACUUCUAGUUCAAGAAAUCUACAUACUACAGGUAACAAUAGCUUGAUGCUCUACUACAGUUUACAAGUGGAAAAUAAUUUUACACUGGUAGAUUAAUUUGAUGUCUAUGGAAGGUUGGUGUACAACAUAAGCUUGGACCUGCCUUGAUGCAAGUAAUCCCCUUAUAAAAUAUUUCAAGGUACGGACAGUCUUCUCUAAAUGCUCAAUCUCCCUAUACAGGUACAUGUAUACACUGCACCAAACCUUAACAGGAAAACAGGAAUAUGGACUUAAGAGUCAUUAAGGCACUAUAGAUUAAUGUGAAUCUACUAACUACAUUUUUAUUUAGAUAAAAUUGGAAGUGAAACAUCACAGACACAUUCUAUGGUGACAACUUUUGCCCCUUAUAACUUAAAAGCAAACAAAAUUGAACAGAAACAUAAUUCAGCCUUUUAUCACCAGAAAGCAUGGCAAACAUAACUGGUUUGUUAGAUUCCAAAGAAAUGCUGGUUUUCAAUAAUACAGUACUCUGUGCUACAUGUAUGUCUGUAUGUCAUGUGACUUCAAGCUGUGCAGGGUUUGUCCAACACAAACAUUUCUGAAGAUCAACUUUUCAGUCUAACAUGGGUGAAUGAUUACUCUUACAUAACUGUACUCUUGUUGAAGACCUCUCUGGAAACAUGUACAUGUAAGAACAGUUUUUCUUUCCAAGUACUUAAACAAAGUUACAAACAUUGUAUGUAGGUCUAAUACUGCCUGAGCGUAUGACAACCCUUUCCCUAAGGAGUUGACAGCUGUAAUGGAUACACUAAUGCCUGUAAUAAAUCACAAAUAGUUCUGUUUGACAUAUCUGGUCAGAUCACGGUGUAGUCAAACCAAUGGGACACAUGUAUGUGAAUCCUUUCAAACUUCAGAGUAAGGUCAACGUUCUGAUGAUGUAUAGUGGGUGUUUAUACUUGUCUAUCUUUUUAGUCUCCAUAUCUCUUGUGUUUUAGAAAUACACUUUGAGCCUUACCAGCAAUACUUAGUCAUUAUUUAUCUGGACAGAUAGUUUUACUCUAAUGGACAAAACAUCCCACAGGCUAAACUUAUCAAUCUGCUUCUGGCAUGCUUUUAGUCACAUGUGUUAUCAAGUAAGGCUUGUUGAAAGUUUGAUUAGUGUGUGUGUGAAAAAAUGAGGAAGCAAAGCAUAUAUGCCCUAGGAUAGUAAAAAAUGGUUCCUGUAACUGAUAUCAGUGAUAAGUAAGUCUACACAAGGCAAGUCUAGUACUUACAUAACUCAGUGUUAAUCUUCUGACAAUCACUUAUCAGAAUAUUGG